GGGGGGGGGGGGACCGAUUCCAUCAUCAUCAUUCAUUCCCGUAUUUUACCGCCGCGUGCGUGCUCCUGCCUGUCUCAUGUGCGUGUGUCCACAGGGCCCCCCCCCUUUCUAAUCUAUUCCCUUUUUCUUUUGUUCUAUCCUAUUCUAUUCUCUAUCCUACCUGCUCUCCUAUUUCCACGUAGUAGUCGUGUCGUUGUAGUCGUUACGAUGGUACAGUAGUACAUAUAUAUUUACUUUUUCUUCAGAUAACCUCUAUCACAAGAGACGCGUCUAUGUGCUCUUUUCUCUCUUUUCUUUCUUUCUUUUCUUUCAUUUUACAUGAAUCUCUGAUAUGGUACUUCUUUUGUCUGUACCAGCUGCCAUUAUGCGGUCACUCCAUGGUAUCUGGACCGGCAUCUCCGCACCCAUCAUCGACAGCAUCUCUGAGCCAAAAUCGCGGAGCUUCGCCAUGCGGCUCUCACUGAGAUGCUUAAGAAACUGUGGAUUGAGCCCCAUAAAGAGCCCAGUCGGUUUUCCCCACCCGAUAGCCUCCCAUAUCUCCCGGUCUAUUCUGGAUUGCGUUGUCCUCUCUGUCCCUAUAUCGGUCGGUACUUCCAUACUAUCCGGAAGCAUAUCGGUUGAUCCAUCCCGAUGCUCAGCGACUACAGGGUCGCCGCAGCUACUAUAAAAAACCUAAUCUAGCGGUAACUACUGAGCAUGUUAGUUACCAGUAAUUUUAUAUUGCAGGUGCAGGUAGCUAAUUCUUCUCUAUCAUGCCUGCAGUUCAGGCUGAGCGAGCCAAGAAUACUGCCCAGAUAAGUAAGGCUAAGUUUAUCUAGAGCUAGAUUAAUCAGGAAUAUAAGCAAGAUUAGCUUGCCUAGACAGUAUAGAAACAGUAUAUUCCCAUGGAGAAAUAUCUAAGUAAAGUAUCUCUAUAGAUAGAAUUAAUCUGUUAGCCGGAGUACCUGCAGGGCUAUAAUCUUGCCUCCGUGGCCUUGCUGGGAUCUAUACCUGGUAGCCUUCAGGAAUCACUGCUGGUGCUCUUUGUCCAGAGCGUAGAGCGG